AUGAGUUUUUAUUUCUCACUUUACUCAUAUUUUCCUCUCUUGAGGUGCUCCUUAGAUACAACAAAAAUAACUGAGAGGUCCUGAAUAAACUCAGAUAAAGAGAGCCAGUCAGUUCUAAAUCCAUCAUUUCGCCAAUCCAAUUCUCAGAAAUGAAGCUCAGAAGCAAAUCCAAGGAUCCAGAGAGCCAGAUUGUCUCCAACCAGGGAGUUUAGGAAUUCCUCUGCUGGCAUAGUCACCAUUGAAACUUCUGAUGCUGAUUUUAUUAUGAAGGAAAUAAAAAAUAGCCUAUUUCUUAAUUCUAAAAUGCUCCAUGCCGCUUUUCUAGCUGAGGGAUCUUCAAUUGGACGAGAACAGAAAAAGGAGUGUUAAAGACUUCUUGGAUAGUAGGAAAGAAACCUCAAGGAGAGACUUUAGAUUAGACCUUUGUAGAGGAGCCUCUAAAGGUCAGGCAAGAUUGAUGGCUGGCUCAGGACAAAAAACUGAAACUCAAUAGCUCAUUAAAGAUCCAGUAGAAGGAGGUCAUUGUCAGAUCAGACUUUCAAGGCCAGAAGAGGAAGAUCCAAAUUUAUUCGAAUCUUUCUAUACUGAAGAGAAUGGAUAUGAUAGCAGAACAGGAAAGUUUAAAUAUGGAGAUCUCCAUAAAACUCUUAAACUGCGACUGUCAAAU